GAAGCAGAGCCUGCAAUCGGAAGUAUUUUGGCGUGGACGCAUUGUGUGUUUGUAACAGUACCUAUUGCGAUACCCAGGAUCCUGUCCAUCUCCCUCCCUUGGGUCAGUUCGUCGUGUACGAAAGCAGCAAAUCCGGGAACCGACUGGAACGCAGAGAAGGUUAUUUCCAGAACAAAACGACCAAUCCAGGCAUCCUCCUGAUUUUGGAGUCGGCCCAGCGGUAUCAGAGUAUAAAAGGAUUUGGCGGCUCUGUCACUGAUUCUGCCUCCAUCAACAUCCUGGCUUUGUCGCCGAAUGCCCAGAGAAAUUUACUACGCUCUUACUCGGAGGAAGGGAUCGAAUACAAUCUCGUGCGUAUGCCGAUGGCGAGUUGCGAUUUCUCUAUCCGGCCGUACACUUACGAUGAUUUCCCGUGCGACUACGAGUUGAAGAAUUUCAGCCUAGUUUUAGAAGACCUCCAAAUGAAAAUCCCCAUUGUGCAUCGGGCCAAGGCUAUGUCAAGGAAGCCCAUCUCCCUCAUGGCAAGUCCAUGGACUGCUCCGAUUUGGAUGCAAAGCAACGAGGACUGGAAGGGGGAAGGUGCUGAAAGGGCAGGCAGGAGAUUCCAUCCAAAAACCUGGGCUUCCUAUUUUGUCAGGUUUCUAGACGAAUACGCCAAGCAGAAUUUAACCUUCUGGGCUAUCACAGCUCAAAACGAGCCUUCUUCUGGAUAUGUGAAAAAUUAUCCUUUCCAGACUCUGGGCUUCACCCCGGAAUCACAACGCGACUUCAUUGCCCUGGAUCUCGGCCCCGCCCUGGCACGCAGUUCCCACAAUAUCCGGUUAAUUAUCUUAGACGACAACCGAAUCCAUCUCCCUCGAUGGGCCAAAGUGGUUUUGAGCGGGGAGAGCCAAGCCUAUCGCUACAUUCAUGGCAUCGUCCACUGGUAUAUGGAUUUCAUCAGCCCCGUCAAGGGCACGUUGGAAGCCACCCAGCGUAUUCCUGACUAUUUCCUGAUUGCCACGGAAGCCUGCGCUGGUUCUUACUUUUGGGAGCAGGAUGUGAUCCUGGGAUCCUGGGAUCGAGGGGAGGACUACAGCCAUAGCAUCUUGGAGAACCUGAAUAACCACGUCGUCGGUUGGAUCGACUGGAACCUGGGCCCUGGAUUUACAAGGAGGCCCCACUGGGUGAAGAACUACGUCGACAGCCCGAUCAUUGUGGACCAGAGCAGCGACAUUUUCUACAAGCAGCCCAUGUUUUAUCACCUGGGGCACUUCAGCAAGUUCAUUGUUGAAGGAUCCCAGCGCAUUGGGCUGACGAUGGUUAAACGUGGCUUUCGUUGCAACCUGGAACAUGUUGCGGUGCUUCGUCCCGACGGAUCGGCUGUGGUGGUGGUCCUUAAUCGGUCUUCGUUCAACCUCACCUUCGGAAUUUACGAUUCGGUUGGUGUUAUUUCAGCCCAAAUCCCUGCCAACUCCAUCCAGACGUAUCUCUGGCGGCGUCAGUGAAGAAGGGAGUAUCGUACUGGGUACCAG